AUGAGCUCGUCCCAGCCUCGCGCCGGCGACCCCUCCCUUCUCCACCUCCUCGAUCCCAACGACCUUCUUCCAGGACACACCACCGCAGAUCUAUACAGCCUCCGCCACUUCACCCUCCGCGGCGGCCUGCCAGAUUCCCCGAGCUGGCUUCGCGCACAGGCCUGGAAGGUCCUUCUCGGCUAUCUGCCCCCCGAGAAGAAGGAAUGGCCUUCGGUCCUCGCCAAAAGGCGCAGGGAGUACUACCAAUUCCUGUCCGAUCUCUCGCCAUCGUCUUCGUCCACACAGCAGCCGAUUCCUUCUCACGAAAUCACCAGCAAUGACAGACUGCUGGAUCAGAUCUACAAGGAUGUCGUGCGAUCUCGCAAGAACGGUUUCGCCUUCUACCAGGCAUCCCCCACAGCUAGCGCCUCAUGUCCUAUCGUCCCCGCACCGCCGGCCGACGAAGAUCAACCGGGCACGAGUAUCGGCCGCGUGCAGAGGUUGGCUGCCAAGGACAAUCUGUUGCACCGCCUGGCCGCAGUCAGCCCUGAAUACAGGCAGCAGCUCAUGCUUGAGCGCACAACAUCCACCACCACCACCAGCAGCAGCAGCUCGAAUGGCUCCAGACCGCCUCCACACGUCUUGCACCUCAAUUCCAGCUUAAGCGUCUCCACCGCUCUGAACUUGGCAGCCAAUGGUGCUCCCGAUACUUCCUUAGAGCCAAUCAAAAGUCCACCAAUCGUGCUCUCGCCGCCAUCUCCUGGUGGCCUUUCACGCGAAUCGUCACGGCAGUCCUUCACCUCGGCUGACGACGCUCUCCAAAGCUCAACACACGGCUCACAUCAAGACGCCGACAAUCGACAUGCCUCCAAAAGCGCUAUUUUCGACGCAGGCAACCAGCCACAAGACAGCGUCCACGGCGAGCGCAACUGGCAUUCGCUCGUGCGCAUCCUCUACAUCUUUGCACUCCUCAACCCAAGCAUCGGCUACGUCCAGGGCAUGAACGAAGCGCUCUUCAUCCUCCUCUACGUGUUUGGUUCCGCACAAUAUCCUUCGGCGACCUCCGCGAGCAUCGCAUCCAGCAUCUCGCAACAAAGCAUCGCCGCAGCCGACGGAGACAGGCCGUGGGACAACGACGCCGACCUCGCCGACACCACGUCGCAUGCCGAGGCCGACGCAUUCUGGUGCUUCUCCACUCUCGUCGGCGAGAUGCGCGAGCUCUACGACUUUGAGCGCGUCGAGCAGCAGAGCCGCGCAGGCGCAGCGCUCGUCGCCGACCACCAGCCCUCGCAGACCGGCAUGGCGGGCGCACUGCUGCGCUUCAGCCUGCGCAUCAAGUGGCUCGAUCCGCCACUCUGGCGCGAUCUGCGCGCAUCCAGCCUCGACCCUAGGCUGCCCUACUACUCGCUCCGCUGGCUGGCCUGCCUGCUCAGCACCGAGCUCUCGCUCCCCUCGGUGCUCAGGAUCUGGGACGCGCUGCUGGCAGAACAGGACUCGAACAGCGUCUCGGGCUCGGCCAAGAUCGAGUUCCUGAUCGACGUGUGUGCGUCGAUGAUCUUGCACAUCAAGCCGCUGCUGCCCAGCAGCGAAGGUGGGCAGCAGCUCGAGUCCGAGGGCUUCUCGGCUGGCAUGCGUGUGCUCCAGGCGUAUCCAGAUGACGAUGUUGCGCCGGUGGUCGAGGCAGCGACACUCGUCAGACAGCGUCGUCUGGCGGCGGACCUGACCGGUGAUGGGCCGCCCACCGAGUUGGACGACGGCGAAGACUCGAAUGCGACACUGGCAGCUGUCAAGGCGAGGGCGGCGCAGGCUUGGCGCGAGUGGAAGAACCCCACGCCCAGCAGCCCUGCGACGCCCGUUCGCACGGUUCCGCAAGCAGACAGCGGUACGCCAACGACGAAAGGCGGCUGGCUCGUGUCUCGGGCGCGGGCGCGGCCGAGCCUGAGCGCCGAGGAUGCCGACACCUCGAUCACGAGCAGCGCCGACGGCGACACGUCCGACCUCUCCACCGCAUCCAAGAGCUCCUUCAGCGGUUUCCUGGCCAAGUAUGCCGAGGCGAUGCAGAGCAGCGAUGCGGCCGCCAACCUGUCCAAGGCGAGCACCAAUCUGACUGCCAAGGCGCUCGCGCGCUUCGGUGACCGCUCGAGCCGCGAGUCGACGCCCGAGGCCUCGGUGCCGCACCAGCGCUACGGCUCGCUCGGCCGCGGUCUGCCGCUGAGCCCUCCGCCGUCCGAGUCGGGCGCGGGCGACUCCCGCGUGGCUACGAUCGGCGCGAUAGGAGCGAGCUUCUUCGGACGCAAGCGUACACACACUGUUGAAGGCAGGUCGCAGUCGGUCAACUCGCCGCGCACGCCGGAUAUGACGCGCUGGUCGCGCGAUACCAUGCCGGACUUCCCGCUGCCCAACGUCUCGGACAGCCCCGCGGGGCGAAUGGACUAUGUCAACGCUUUCGGCAAACGUCUCAGCGUUGCGGCGAAUGGCCGGUCCAUGGCGUCGCCAGCUUCGUCGGUCGCAGGCGACGACAGUGGCGAGCGGCGCGUGAGCGAGAGUGCCGGCUCGGUGGCGCUGCCCAGCAUGCGUGCCGCAGCGCGCAUGGGCAUCCUUCCCGCGCGCUACCGCGAAGAGUCGGCAAGUCCACGUGCGGCAGCGGGUCCCAAGCCGUUGCUGCUCUCGCAGGCCGCGCGCCCACCGCGUGAGGGAAGCAGUGCGGGCACGCUCACGGUGGACGAGCCGUCGCGCAAGAUCUCCUCUGGUCCCAUGGGGCACAGUAUGAGCAGGGAGAACAGCCACGAGACGAGGAGCAACACUUCGGCGUCGUUCAGUCGGCGCUCGUCGCGGUCCACCUCGGUGGCGGAUAGUCGGCGCAGUUCGAUGGUGGAUUUUGCGGAUGCGGGCAUGCCCGGGCUUGCGGAGCCCGACACGCUGCCGCCACUGCCGAGUCUGACGGGCCAAAGUGCGGCGGCUACGCUUCCGUCGCGCUCGGGAAGCUUUGCGUCCGACGCAGGCCGACCGAUUGUGCUCCAAGGUGGGGCCAAGGAUGGCGUUGUUUCGGCAGGAGCAUUUGCGCGCGCAACCAAGGUAGAAGAGCGGCCCGAAUUCGGUCAGGUGGCGAGUUCGUCGGAUGUGCCGCUGGUGACGGGCGCGAGCAUCGGGCGCCCGCGCGGUGCGAAUCGGCAGCGCACCUCGAGCUCCACCGUCGAGUCGGCCGUAUCCACCUCCGGCUCGCUCGGCAACAGGGUAUCGAAUCGAAGCAGCCAGACGACCAACGCGGACGCUAGUGUUGCUCCCGUCCUCAACGAGGAGUUGGUCGAUGAACCUGGCGGGAUGGAAGAUGGCGGUGCCGACGAGUGGAAGCCGGGUCAUGCAGUCGCUUUGACAGAAACCACCGAAGAGGCCGUGCGAAAGUACACGCUGACGGACGAACCAACGACCAAGGAGCCGCCGUCUGUAGGAGGGCUGGUUAGGACAAAACGCUACGUCAAGAAUCGCCAAAUGUCCACAGCUAGCACGGCUAGCACUGCCCGCAGAUCAGCUCUUCGCCUCUCGAAUCGCUCGUCCCUCGAUCCCACCGCCAACGAAGAGGACGCAGAAGCCGGUGUUGAAGCCGGAGUCGACUCGCUCGCUCUCAACGGUGCAGACCCCCCACGCGCGCCUACGCCAUCAACAGACCGCAGCACAUUCAUCUAG